GCGGGGCCGCUCCGCGGUGCCACACCCCCGGGGGAGGGCAGCAGGAGCGCCCGAGCCCUCAAACCGGCGGGGAGCCGGCGGGGCGGGGGAUGGAGUAGCGGGACCGGGUGCUGCGGGAGCACACAGCGCGGGGAGCGGAGCGGCAGGGGCCAUGCACCGGGGCAUAGCGGGCUAAGGGCUGGCGGCGGGUGGUCGCCCGGAGACUCCGCACCUCGGGAGUGACGUCCUGCUGCAGUGCCGCCGCCUGCCUACGCUGCCCGAGCUCGUCAAUGGAGCUGGAAAACAUCGUUGCCAACACCGUCUUGUUGAAAGCCAGGGAAGGGGGUGGAGGGAAACGCAAAGGCAAAAGCAAAAAGUGGAAGGAAAUCUUGAAAUUCCCUCACAUUAGCCAGUGUGAAGAUCUCCGAAGAACAAUAGAGAGAGAUUACUGCAGCAUAUGUGAAAAGCAGCCGAUCGGAAGGCUUCUCUUCAGGCAGUUCUGUGAAACUCGACCCGAGCUCGAGUGCUGCAUUAGGUUCCUUGACUCAGUGGCAGAGUAUGAAAUUGCUCCAGAUGAAAAGCUGGGAGAGAAAGGAAAGGAAAUCAUGAUGAAAUACCUCACCCCAGAGUCUCCAGCCUGCGUUCCUGAAGUCAGUCAAGAUCUUAUCCAACAGACAGAGGAGAAACUCGAAAACAGCCCCUGCAAAGAGCUAUUCUCUCACUGUACAAAAUCUGUCCUUGACCACCUCAGUGGGGAACCAUUCCAAGAGUACCUGAACAGCAUGUACUUCGACAGGUUUCUCCAGUGGAAGUGGUUGGAAAGGCAACCAGUAACAAAAAACACAUUCCGGCAGUACAGGGUACUGGGGAAAGGUGGCUUUGGGGAGGUCUGCGCUUGCCAAGUGCGAGCGACAGGGAAGAUGUACGCCUGCAAGAGGUUAGAGAAGAAGAGAAUAAAGAAGAGGAAAGGCGAAUCCAUGGCACUAAAUGAAAAGCAGAUUUUGGAAAAAGUCAAUAGUCAGUUUGUAGUCAAUUUAGCCUAUGCCUAUGAAACAAAGGAUGCAUUGUGUUUAGUUCUGACCAUAAUGAAUGGAGGUGACCUGAAGUUUCAUAUCUACAACAUGGGAAACCCAGGCUUUGAGGAGGAAAGAGCUUUGUUUUAUGCAGCAGAGAUUCUUUGUGGCUUAGAAGACCUACACAGAGAAAAUACUGUGUACAGAGAUUUGAAGCCAGAAAAUAUCCUGCUAGAUGAUUAUGGCCAUAUUAGAAUAUCUGAUUUGGGUCUAGCUGUUAAAAUCCCUGAGGGUGAAUCAAUCCGUGGAAGAGUAGGAACAGUAGGGUAUAUGGCUCCUGAAGUGUUGAACAACCAGAGAUACACACUCAGCCCUGACUACUGGGGGCUAGGCUGUCUCAUUUAUGAAAUGAUUGCUGGGCAAUCACCAUUCCGUGGAAGAAAAGAGAAGGUGAAGAGGGAAGAAGUGGACAGGAGAGUGCUGGAGACAGAAGAGGUGUACUCCCAUAAGUUUUCUGAGGAGGCCAAGUCCAUCUGUAAAAUGCUCCUCACCAAGGAUGUGAAGCAGCGGCUAGGAUGUCAAGGGGAAGGCGCGGCAGAAGUGAAGAGGCACCCCUUUUUCAAGAGCAUGAAUUUCAAGCGGUUAGAAGCAGGAAUGCUGGAUCCUCCCUUUGUCCCUGAUCCCAGAGCAGUAUACUGCAAGGAUGUGUUAGACAUCGAGCAAUUCUCCACAGUGAAAGGAGUUAACCUGGACCAAACAGAUGAUGAUUUCUAUUCCAAGUUUUCCACAGGAUCAGUGUCUAUUCCAUGGCAAAAUGAGAUGAUAGAAACAGAGUGUUUCAAAGAACUGAAUGUAUUUGGACCAAAUGGUACUAUUUCACCAGACCUAAACAAAAGCUACCCCCCAGAGCCACCCAAGAAAGGAUUGCUACAGAGAAUAUUUAAACGACAGCAUCAGAACAAUUCAAAGAGUUCUUCAAAUUCAAAGGCCAGCUUAAAUCACCACAUAAAUUCAAAUCACGUAAGUUCAAACUCCACCGGAAGCAGCUAGUUCCAAUUCAGUUUUAUGAAACAACAUGUUGCAUCCUUCCACUAUAAUCUAUGGCGCUUCUAUGGAUGAGAGGGCCUCCACCAUCGAGUGAAAAAGAAAAAGGAUCUCCCAAAAAGGAGAUUUUCUAUCCAUUCCUUCCAGUGGAGCCUCGCAUUUUAAGAAGAAUUUUCCACUCAGGUCUGUUUUUGGAGGUGGCACUCAAGACUGUGUGAAUCAAGUUUGUCUCUUUAGAACAUUGCAAUAGAAAUUCAAUGAACAUGACUACUUGCACGUAUUUAACUAGCAUCAUACUAGAACUGAAUUUUGUCUUUAUUAUUUUUAAAGGAAAGUUUUGUAAAUUUCUCUAUUGUCUCAGUUUACAUUUUGUACAUUUGUAUUUAAAUGAAAGUCAGACUUUGGAGGUGUAUAUUUUCCAAGCAGCAGCUGUAAAGCCAUGUGUUUUAAGACAUUUUUUUAAGAGAAAAAAACAAAACACAACAAUGUGACUCAAGACUUCCAGAGCCUCAAACGAGAAAUCAUUCUUUUUAGUAAUUCUAGAGAAGUAUUCAUAAAUCACUUUAUCAGACUGGGGUUUAUUGACACGCAUUUGUAUGGAACAGUUUAUGCUUAAUUAUUUUACAUCUGUAUAUUUGGUUUACAGCAACACUGCAUCAUACAUUUCUCCUCUUCAUUAGUUUGUAACAUCUCGCAUUAAAUGCUAAAAGACAAGAUUUUGAUGCAUUCAAGAAUGCUGCUUGCUACGCCUAAGGUUUGGGAUGUCAUGGGACCAGCACAGCUGAGAUUUGCACUUCCUUAUGUUGUUAGCUCAUCAAAAACUGUUUCGUUAGAAGGGGAAGCCUGUUUUAAGCCCUUCUGCUUCACUAGUUUUUGUGCUGUUUCUAACAACAGCAUGAAGAAAACCGAGUGAGAGGUGACCAGGAAAGCAAAUGACCGGUUGUUUCUCAAGGACUCAGAACCUGCCCCUGCUGAAAUGGGAGCAAAACAGAAGCGUUCUCCAUGCUGCAGUCAAAAGUCCAAGGCCUUUCCGCAGCUGCUCAUAUCAAACAGGUAGCAAGAGAGAAAUUCAAUAGAGAAAUUCAAUGACCAAGAGCUUCAUGACAGCUUUCUAGAGCUGUGGAAGUUCAGAGUGGGAUCUGGUCUGCUUUUGAGCAGUAGCAGAACCUAGAGGUUGCAUCUGCACUUAGAGUACUUCCAUGUGUCAUGCCAAACACACUUCUAUUAGGUCCUCAGCUCAGUUGAGAAAUAUGUCAGUCAUGAAACAGUAGCUCCCACUGUUGGUUCCAUCAUUCUUUGUCCAUCAUUCUUUUUAACCAUUGAUGAAAACAUUGUUCCCACUAAUAUAAACAGGGUCAGGCAGGAUCAGCAGCAGUACCUCAGGCAUCAGAAUCAUGCUCGUCUCUAGUGUGUCACUAUCUAUAAUUAUUAAGAACACCAGAUCAAAAAUAUGGCUACUUCCCUUCAAUAGGAAUUGGAAAACCUUUGUGCAGGCAGGAUCUCUAUAGCCCAACAUGUUCUGUAAAACACAUUGGCUCUCUAUGCUCUUUACAAUGUUGUCUAGAGUAUACUGAUGAUUCUACACCUUUGGGUCAUCAGGAACAUCUGAGGGUCAGCCUGGUGUGUCUAAAACCCUUUUAGUUAGUAGGGCAGCUAUCCCGGGGUACAAGGAAGCACUGUUCCAGUGGAAGUUUUAAUAGCCAAAAGUCAUUAGACUAUCGUGUAUAUGUUCUAUCUAUCUGGCCAAUGCAGGGGCAAAAAAGAUGCAGGUUAGUAGGGGCAAAUGUCAGAGUGAGAAAGACACAGGAAUCACAUACUAAACCAGCUUGAGUUCAUGAGGGAUAGACACAGAACAGAGGCAGGAUUUAUAUUACACAACUGUCAGAGAAAAGUCAGGAAAAGGAGAUGAGGCUUUGGUGCCUUUAUCAGGAAUAACGUACAUGAAGGUGCAAGUCCACGUCAUUUCAAAAGCCUCCAGUUUUCCUGGUUAUUAGUAAACACGUAGUGAAGCUGUGUAAGUGUGCCAUGGUAUCACCAAGAAGUUGUUCUUUUUCCUGCAGAUCAGUGUGGUCCAGAAAUUCCUUUCCCCUGCAUUGGUGGUGCUCAGGGAGCGCUUCAGCCACUCUCCCAUGUCAGAUGAUGGCAUUGCAGAGCUUAUGGAAGAUGCAAGAUUUUAGAGAAACAGUAAUAGAUGAGAAUUUGGUACAAUUUUAUCUGUCUGUAUCAGCUAUAAACCAAAUCUAGAAUGGUUUCAGCUUCCUGACAGGAGGGGAAUGAAAUAUUGUAGAGGUGAAAGCCACUAUACACAGAUAGGGCUAACACCUCCGGUUCUGUUCUCAUGGCCUGACAUAAAGCUACGUAGGUCAACAGGAAUCUGAUCAGUCACUUGAGCACACUCUGGUUGAAGACACACUUGCUCUGGGAGGUUUUCACAGGUCUUCCUUAAUGACAUGUGGGAUUUCACCUUAUUUCAAGAAAUGUAGGUUAGAAGUGGAGGAACAGAUCUUAGCCAGACAACUGAUGUGUAUCAGCGUUCCUGGGGCAAGACACACAUCUUAGUUCUUCUUAGGGAGCUGCAAAUGUUGUGCAACUCCGAUCUGUUUCACUCUAAGACAUCACCUUCUGAUAACAGUAUGGUAUACAACAUGAUCGCUUACCCUCAGCUGGUUUCAUCCUCUACACUGAUGUCAAAGGAUGAGGGUGGUAGAUGGCGCGUAUAGUGAAAGAGUAAGCUCUGUUUUCCACUUCUGCUUUGCAGCAACAGAC